GCUUCGCAGUUUCCUCUCCUUGUUUUGCUUUCGAUCUGGACUGUUCUCAGGCAAGCCGGGGAGUAACUUUUAGUUUUGCUCCUGCGAUUAUUCAACUGACGGGCUUUCAUUUCCAUUUCACACACCCUAGCAACACUUAAGCCUUGCGGAAUUGUAUUGGUAGCGUGAAAAAGCACACUGAGAGUGUACCUGAGGCCUGAGAUGUCUUUUCUGGGCUUUCGUACUGCCGACUUAGCUGAAUGGCUCCAGGGAUACCCACCUCUUCAUGCAAAGAUGGACAGUCUGAAAUGAACUUCCCACUUAACUCCCCAAAGAAGUCAUGUCUUUCAGACUUUACUGCAAAGGGCACCAUGCCGGUGGAAAGGAUGCGGAUGCGCCCAUGGCUGGAGGAACAGAUCAACUCAAAUACGAUACCAGGGCUAAAGUGGCUUAACAAGGAAAAGAAGAUUUUUCAGAUCCCCUGGAUGCAUGCAGCUAGACAUGGGUGGGAUGUGGAAAAAGAUGCACCACUCUUUAGAAACUGGGCCAUCCAUACAGGAAAGCAUCAACCGGGAGUAGAUAAACCUGAUCCAAAAACAUGGAAGGCGAAUUUUCGAUGUGCCAUGAACUCCUUGCCUGACAUUGAAGAAGUCAAGGAUAAAAGCAUAAAGAAAGGAAACAAUGCCUUCAGGGUAUACCGGAUGCUGCCCUUAUCUGAGCGACCUUCUAAGAAAGGAAAGAAACCAAAGACAGAAAAGGAAGACAGAGUGAAGCACAUCAAGCAAGAACCAGUUGAGUCAUCUUUGGGGCUUAGUAAUGGAGUAAGUGAUCUUUCUCCUGAGUACGCGGUCCUGACUUCAGCUAUAAAAAAUGAAGUGGAUAGUACGGUGAACAUCAUAGUUGUAGGACAGUCACAUCUGGACAGCACCAUUGAGGAUCAAGAGAUUGUCACUAACCCACCAGACAUCUGCCAAGUCGUGGAGGUGACCACCGAGAGCGAUGAGCAGCCGGUCAGCAUGAGUGAGCUCUACCCCCUGCAGAUCUCCCCCGUGUCUUCCUACGCAGAAAGCGAAACUACCGAUAGUGUGCCCAGUGAUGAAGAGAGCUCAGAGGGCCGACCUCACUGGCGGAAGAGGAACAUUGAAGGCAAGCAGUACCUCAGCAACAUGGGGACGAGGACCGCCUACCUGCUGCCCAGCAUGGCAACCUUCGUCACUUCCAACAAGCCCGACCUCCAGGUCACUGUCAAAGAGGAGAGCUGUCCGGUGCCUUACAACAGCUCCUGGCCCCCAUUCCCAGACCUCCCCCUCACAGCCCCCGGGACCCCGGCGCCCAGCAGCAGUCGGCCGGACCGGGAGACCCGGGCCAGUGUCAUCAAGAAGACAUCCGACGUCACCCAGGCCCGCGUCAAGAGCUGUUAAGCCUUUGACUUCCCUUGGUGGUUGUUGGGAUUUCUUGGCUUUGUUUUAUUGUUUGUUUGUAUUUUAUUUUUCUCUCUGACAUCUGUUUUAGACAAAUCUUAAGGGAAAAAGCCUUGACAUUAGAACAUUGAUUGCUGUGUCCAACUCCAGUACUGGAGCUUCUUUUGAACUCAGGACUCCAGCCCCUUGGUAGACGCGUGAUCUCUAGAGCCUGCUGGAUCUCCCAGGGCUGCUCCCUCAAGUUCAAGAACGUCAUAGGACCAACACCCACACGGGCAGUGAGGUGCUGCAUUGCCUGCGGUCAAGGCCAGCGUGGUGGCGUGGAUGCCUCAGAAUGGAUGAGAAAAUGUGAACUAGCUAGAAUUUUUUAUUCUUGUGAAUAUGUACAUAGGGCAGUACUAGCGACGUUGCAGUCUGCUUCUGCACCUUAUCUUAAAGCACUUACAGACAGACCUUCUUGUGAUCUUGCUCUGUUUCACAGCACCGUCAACACCCCCUUUCCCUGCCCUCCUCCCCUCCCCUCCCAUUUCCUUCCUCCUUUUUCUCCCUUCAAAGGCUGUGUCCCACAUCCCUGAGGAGGAGGAGAAGAAAAUGAACUUCUCCGCAGAUGUCCCAUUUUCAGACUGCUUUAAAAAAAAAAAAGAAAAAAGAAAAUCUUUCUAAUCUGCUAUGCUUGAAUGCCACGCGGUACAAAGAAAAACUAUCAUGGAGAGAUUAUUCAAAUUCCCAGAUUUGAAGACGAAAAUACUCUAAUUCUAACCAGAGCAAGCUUUUUUAUUUUUUAUACAGGGGAAUAUUUUAUUCAAGGUAAAAUUCUAAAGAAGAUAUAAUUGUUUUUUAUCUUUUCUACAGCAAAUUUAUAAUUUUAAGAUUCCUUUUCUUGUUUAUCGGCAAUUGUUAUUACAUCCUUGUGGCACAUUUUUUUUUUAAUUUUGUAAAGUUGAAAAAGCUUUUAUGAGCUCAUGUAGCAAUCAAAUUAUCCUGUGGACUGAUAAUAAAUGAAUAUGAUAUAUAGUUAAAUUUUUAA